GUCAAACUCACAUGGCAGUGUUGUUUUGAUCAAGCAGGAUUAAAUAACACCCGGCACGGUAUCCUGAUCGAUCCUUCCAUUAGCUCCGAUUUCUCCGCGAUGCCUACGUACGAGCUGUCCGUCAUUCUGCGGCAAAUGUCCCGGCCCGAUAUGGUCGCCACGCUGAAACGGACCGCAACUGCUAUCUUCGACAAAGGCGGCAUCAUACGGAAGCUGGACAAUUUGGGCACCAAGCCACUGCCAUUCAAAACCAGCGCCCACGGUCUAGUACAUCGGACGGGGUCGUACUUUGUGUUCAAAUUUGACACACCACCGUCCGCCAUCGACGAUCUGGACGAGGAGUACGGGCGCGAUGUGGACAUCGUACGCAAGCGAAUCUAUAGGGCGGACGUUUCGCAACAGGAAGAGAUCACCUGCACGCUGCACGAGGAGCUGCUGCCGCCCGCGUAUCGCAAGGACGUGCAGAAGAUGAUCGCGACGGCCGAGCGCAACAAGACUAAGAAAGUGUUCCAGUACAAUACCGGGCUGGAUUACUAUCCUUUCCAGAAGUGAGCGGGGCAAAUCGAAGCGGAGGAUAAUAGGAACGAAUUGUAAACCCCAAUCGUGUUGUGGUUUGAUUUCCUAAAGUAGAACUUUAGCAAAAUAAUUUAACGGUUAAACAUAG